CACCGUACGGGCUUUUCCUCUUUUCAUCGUCUCGUUUAAUAAUUAUAUAAAUAUAUACCGUCUCCCCCUCCAAGAAACCUCCUACAAUAUUCCAGCAAGCCUAGCUUUCUUCCUGUUGAAACUACAGAUUUCAUCUUCGAGUUUAAAAUGGGCGAUAGUCAGUACUCAUUUUCUCUUACCACUUUCAGUCCUUCUGGGAAGCUUGUUCAGAUUGAACAUGCCCUAACAGCAGUUGGAUCGGGCCAAACAUCUUUAGGAAUCAAAGCUGCUAAUGGUGUUGUCAUUGCAACAGAGAAGAAGCUACCAUCUAUUUUAGUUGAUGAAACAUCGGUCAGAGACAUUUCUUCUUUAUUCUUUCACAAAUCACAACCAUUUUCCUGUUUAUUGUUUCGCUGCCACUUUCUUAUCCUUUUUUUUUUUUUAAAUUAUUUGUGGCAGGUUCAAAAGAUUCAGAUACUAACACCUAACAUUGGAGUUGUUUAUAGUGGAAUGGGUCCUGAUUUUCGAGUUUUGGUUCGAAAAAGCAGGAAGCAGGCAGAGCAAUAUCACCGACUAUACAAAGAACCUAUCCCUGUUACACAACUUGUAAGGGAAACUGCUGCUGUCAUGCAGGAGUUCACUCAGUCUGGUGGUGUCAGGCCUUUCGGUGUAUCACUGCUGGUUGCAGGGUAUGAUGACAAAGGUCCACAAUUAUAUCAGGUGGACCCAUCAGGUUCAUAUUUCUCUUGGAAAGCUUCAGCUAUGGGGAAAAAUGUUUCUAAUGCAAAGACAUUUCUUGAGAAGAGGUAUACCGAUGAUAUGGAGCUUGAUGAUGCGGUUCAUACAGCAAUAUUAACAUUAAAAGAAGGGUUUGAAGGACAAAUCUCAGGCAAAAACAUUGAGAUUGGCAUAAUUGGCGCAGACAAAAAAUUCAGGGUACUAACCUCAGCUGAAAUUGAUGAUUACUUGGCUGAAGUGGAGUAGCUUGUUUCUGUUCUGCUGCAACUUGAAAGAUUAUCAAUUUCACUUUCCCAAAGAUAGAAAUUUCUGACAUUGGUUCUUAACAGAACUUCAACUUUUGAUGAAGCACUCACAGACUUUUAUUUUGCUUAGCAGUUGUUAUUUUUCCUUUUUUCCAUCAAUGAAAACUUAGCGGACAUGAUUGUAUUGGCGUUUCUUGCUUCACAUUAAUAACAAAAUUCCUUUGCCUGCA